GUCAGGACUAAAGUUUCCCAAAAACAUUGAUGGUGCUUCUAUGUGUGCAAAUAUGGGUGGUUUAAAUUUUUUUUCUUUUUUGUAUUUUUCAUGUUUCCUACAAUAAGAAAAUAUCACUUUUACAAUUAUAAAAAGACAUUCUAUGAGAGGUAUUGGUUAGAUUCAGGAUACGGACAUAAAAUUGGAAAAGCAAAAUGCUUGAAGGAAAAUUUUCAUGGUGAGAUGGAGAGAAAUAGAGAAUAGGAAUAUGAAUAAAGUGAGCCUGACUUUCAUCUCAGGGACUUGAUCUUUAUACACAGAGGGAUCAUCUCUUUAAUACCCACGGCUGCCGCUGCUCCGGGCCGAAGGACCGCAAGCGUUUCACUAGGCUACACAACCACUUUUGGGCCCCAUCUGAAGUAAAACGUGAACCCACAUGCUAUUCAUUACUCAUAGGUUUAGUAAUUGCGCUCCGCAGAGCUUCCGCACCUCCCCUCCGGCUUGCCUGCCUCACUGCCGGGACCUGUCUGCUCCAUGCUUCCCGCAGGAGACUGGGAGAGGGAAUUCCCAGGCUGUGAAACCUUAACUCUUUACCAGGCGCUACAACCUCAUCCUUAUCUGCCUCCCCCAACUCAAAACUCUACCCCACGCGCCAACCUCCCCGCAGUUGGGCUCCUCCAAUCAGCCCAACUCGCUCCGGCCUCGGAGGUUUUCUUGAUCCUUCUUUUCCUACUCCGUCUCCUGCGCGCCCCAGCGUGACACCCCGUCCAGGGGCUUCAGAGACCUUUCCUGGCCUCGUCGGGAGGUCCCGGUCCAUCCCUGCCGGUCAGCACAUUAUUACCAACACCAUCUAAGGUUAUUUCCAUAUCGUUUGUCCUACUAGGUAAAAACAAAACAAAACAAAAACAACCAGAAGUACUGCAGGCGGAGAUCGCGUCGGUAUCCUCGGCUCGCAGAACUACCUGGCACAGGAACGCAGGGGUGGAAUGAAUGAACACCAGCGGACCAUCUCCUUGGCGCUCUUCUGGUUUAGCAACGGAAAUCAGUUUGUCCGGCGAAAGCACGUUAACAGCAGCUUCCAUCAGCCCGCAGCUGUCGGCCCCCUAUGAACCCCCGCCAGGAGACGGUCACAGACGCGGUCUCAGCCGGGAUUGCAAACACGGGGGUCCCCAAGUCUCACGCAGGGCGCGCGGUACGCAACUGCGGCUGCGCGGAGCGAAGGAAGGGGCGGGGCAGACCCACUUCCGGGCGCGCGUCCGGAGCCGGCGAGACCGCGCCUACCCCCUGGGUGGGCUAGAGCGGACCGCGCCUGCCCCUGGGUGGGCUAGAGCGGCGUCCGGGGUUACAAGCGAGGCGGCCAUGGAGGACAAGAGGAUCUUCUCGGACAUCUGCGGCGGCCGUCUGGCCCUGCAGUGCCGCUCCUACUCGCCUUUCUGCCGGGAGUUCUGCGUCAGCUGCCCUCGGCUGUCGCUGCGCUCGCUCACCGCCGUCACCUGCACCGUGUGGCUGGCGGCCUACGGACUCUUCGCUCUGUGCGAGAACAGCAUGAUCCUCUCAGCCGCCAUCUUCAUCACUCUCUUAGGCCUGCUUGGUUACCUCCACUUUGUGAAGAUUGAUCAGGAGACCCUGUUAAUCAUUGAUUCUCUUGGCAUCCAAAUGACGUCAUCCUACGCGUCAGGCAAAGAAAACACUACCUUCAUAGAGAUGGGCAAAGUCAAGGACAUUGUCAUUAACGAGGCUAUUUACAUGCAGAAGGUGAUUUACUACCUCUGCAUCUUACUGAAGGACCCACUGGAACCCCAUAAUAUAUCUCAAGUGGUGCCUGUCUUUCAGAGUGCCAAGCCCCGGCUGGACUGCUUGAUUGAAGUGUACAAGAGCUGCCAGGAAGUUCUGGCACAUCAGAAAGCCACAUCAACAAGGCCGUGAGUUCCUAUUCAGAAGGCCUGUGCUGUCUUGCGGGGGAGAUGGUACCUAGGCUCUAGUGGCUGGUUUGUUUCCACUGCAAACCACCAGGUGGACAUAGUCCUAGACCAGAAUGGAUGCAGUGGAUCGCAGAUCACCACACAGCAGGUGACUGGAAAUCUGACUCAAAAUAUUUCUGUAUUGUAAUGUUCCUCUUGAAGGUUUUUCUUAUUUUGGGAACCAACAAUCAAACCCAGGACCUCGUGCUUGCCAGGCAGGCACCAUGCCACUGAGCUAUAUCCCCAGCCCCAAGGUUUUGCCUAUUUUACUAAACAAGGAACCACCUUAAGAAUUUUGAUACCAUCUAUCAAAAGUAAUCCCAGUCUUGCCAGGUGUGGUGGUGCUUGCCUGUAAUCACAGCACUCAGGAGGCUGAGGCAGGAGGACUGCUAAUAAGUUU